AAAAUGUCCCAAGAAGCCCCACACCAAUUUCAUUUAAUUGACGGUCAACAAAUUUCUGAUGAAAUCAAACAAGAAAUUGCCACAAGCAUUAAGAAUGUUGUAGAAAAACAAGAAAAGGAUGGUGUUACUGAUGUUAAAAAACCAGGUCUUGCUGUUAUCCUUGUCGGAGAAAGAAAGGAUUCACAAACCUAUGUUUCAAUGAAGAAGAAGACUUGUGUUGGAUUGGGAAUGAAUAGUUUUGAAACUACUUUUGCUGAUGCUGAUAGUACCACUACUGAACAAGUUAUUGAAGUUAUUCAAAAGUACAAUCAAGAUGAUAAUGUGAACGGUAUUUUAAUUCAAUUACCACUUCCAAAACACAUUAAUGAAGAACAAGUAUUGUCAUCUGUUAGCCUUGAAAAAGAUGUUGAUGGAUUAUCAGUUUAUAAUAUUGGUAGAUUAGCCAUGCGUGGUAGAGAACCAACAUUUAUUCCAUGUACACCUGCUGGAUGUUUGGAUUUAAUUAAGAGAACUGCCAAGGUAUUGAAUAGAAAAUUGGAAGGAUCUAAUGCUAUUGUUAUUGGUAGAAGUAAUAUUGUUGGUAUUCCAAUGUCUCUCCUCUUGUUGCACAAGUUGAACUGUUCUGUUCAAGUUGUUCACUCAUAUUCAAAGGAUGUUCCACAAAAGGUUAAGGAAGCUGAUAUUGUAGUUGCUUGUUGUGGUCAAACUGAAUUUGUUCAACCUGAAUGGAUUAAGCAAGGUGCUAUUGUCAUUGAUGUUGGUAUUAAUGCUGUUGAUGACAGUACAAAGAAGGUUGGUUACAGAUUGGUUGGUGAUGUCAAGUUCAAUGAUGAUUUGAAGAAAGUUGCUGCUGCUGCAACUCCAGUUCCACGUGGUGUUGGUCCAAUGACUAUUGCCAUGUUGAUGAAGAAUACUUUUGAUAGCUUUAAGAGAAAGCAUCCAGAACUCUUCCUGUAAAUUAAAAUUUUGUAAAUAUCCU